CGGACAUUUUGACUUCCACGAGCUGUUCACCGGCUCCCGAGCUUCAGCGGGCCGAUCGCCAGAAGGAGGAGCCGUGGGAGGCCGCGUCCCGCCGGGCAGGGCUGUCAGAGGCGGGUUGACCCCCAACGGGCGGGACUGGGGUCCCCGUGCCCCCCGCCUCCUCUCCGCGGACAGAGCUCCCUCAGCGUCACCCCAUCGGCCCUCCCGCCUCGGGGCCGGCGCCGCUCAGCCCCGCAGCCCAGGCCGCAGCGCCCAGAGCAGAUAUGAACUUUGAGGACGUGGCCAUCGCCUUCUCUCAGGAGGAGUGGGGGCUCCUCGAUGAGGCUCAGAGACUUCUGUACUGCGAUGUGAUGCUGGAAGUGUUUGCACUUGUCUCAUCUGUAGGAUAUGGACUUUGAGGACGUGGCCAUUGCCUUCUCCCAGGAGGAGUGGGGGCUCCUGGAAGAGCCCCAAAGACUUCUGUACUGCGAGGUGAUGCUGGAAGUGUUCGCACUUGUGUCAUCUGUAGGUUGUUGGCAUAAAACGGAUGAGGAGGAGGUCCGUCCUGAGCACAGCAUAUCUAUACAAGGGGAGUCACAGGUCAGGGCAACCCGGAGGACCCAUCUAUGCGGGAGGUGUUUCUCUGUGUUAAAAGAUACUCUGCACCUGACUGAGUCACCAGCAGCAGACUUUGAGCCGAAACGCUUCUUUGGUGACGCAUGUGUGAGAGUCUUCUGUUUCAAUGCAAACCCUCAUCAGGAGCAGAGGGAAGCCAGUGGAGAGAAGCCCUGGAAAGGAGCUGUGGACAGGGCCUCGUUUGUGACCAGGUGCAGCUUCUACUUAUCAGAGUGGCCCUCAACCAGUUGGGAUCUUGGGGAAGACUUCCCAGCCAUCUCAGAGCUUCUCCAGCACCAGGCCUCUCUCAACACUGAGGAGCCACACAGUGGCAGUGAGAUUUCGCUGGAAUUUCUCAGUGGAGAAAGUUAUCAGUAUUGGGGUGAAGAUGAAAAAGCUGCCAGCCACAACCAGAACCUUGUUCAACAUCAGGCUGACUUUUCAGAAGAAAAAAUUUAUGAGUGUAACAAACGUGGGAAAGUUUUUAGCCGUAUCUUGAACCUCAAGCAACAUAGAAGCAUUUACGCUGAAGAAAGUCCCUAUGAGGAUAGUGAUUAUGAGAAGGACUUCAGUCAAAGCUCUAACCGCCGUCAACGCAAGAGGAUUUACACUGGUGAGAAACCUUUUGUAUGUAGUGACUGUGGGAAGGCCUUCAGUCAAAAGUGUGCCCUCAUUCAACACCACAGAAUUCACACUGGUGAGAAACCUUUUGCAUGUAGUGAAUGUGGGAUGGCCUUCAGACAAAAGUUUACCCUCAUUCAGCACUACAGAAUUCACACUGGAGAGAAGCCGUAUAAGUGUACUGUUUGUGGAAAGUCCUUCAGUCAAAGCUCUUACCUCAGUCUACACAAGAGAACACACACUGGUGAGAAACCUUUUGUAUGUAGUGGCUGUGGGAAGUCCUUUAGUCAAAAGUGUACCCUCAUUCAACACUACAGAAUUCACACUGGUGAGAAACCUUACGAGUGUCAUGAAUGUGGAAAAUCUUUUAGGAGUAAUAGUCACCUCUAUUACCACAAGAGAGUUCACACAGGAGAAAAGCCAUAUGAGUGCAGUGAAUGUGGGAAGUCCUUCAUGCUAAUCUCCACGCUGACAGAGCAUCAGAGAAUUCACUCUGGAGAAAAGCCAUAUCAGUGUGGUAAUUGUAGGAAAUCCUUCAGCCGAAGAUCUAAGCUCAUGGGCCACCUCAGAAUUCACACCGGAGAAAAGCCUUAUGAGUGCAGUGAAUGUGGGGAAUGUUUUAGAUGGAAACCUAGCCUUGUUAGACAUCUGAGAGUCCACACUGGAGAAAAGCCUUAACUGUGCAGGGGAUGUUUUAUCUUUCUCACACUACAACACUGACGGAGACUCAGACCCAUUUACCUGAGUAUAAACUCCUUUUAUUGGGACAUACACUCUUCUCAAUGCCUCACAAAUCUGAGGUACAAGGGAGGCUUGAAGGAGCUGCAUUGCACUUGCUGAUGUGCCGAGAUCUCCUACCUGACUGGUGUCACUGCGAGUCUGUGUGGUUGAAGUGACCUCGACCACCUGACUCACCUGAACAGUGUGCAUCAGUCACCACCCCUGGUGUUCAGGGAAAGGAAUUCUGUGUUGUCACUUGUGCUUAAGUGAAUUACGAAGACUCGGAGCUCAUGGCAGGAUCUUCAUUCCUUUCUCUCUGACUAGGGAAUGGACCCAACCCAGGGUUCAUCCGGAGCCCCAUCCUCAGCUAAGAAGAGCUGCCUCUCUCAGGGACGUUGUGGGUCUCACAUUUUGUUGUCACCAAUUGUUUCAGCUUCUUAUUCACCAGCCUGCAAACUGCUUGCUGUGCACUGCUCUGGUUUACGAUGUUUUUGUAACGGCGUUUUUGCUUUUGCACCUUUAGUUCUGGUGGUCCUAGUCGCCGCCUGGGAUGAUUUGCAAGCACAGGUGUGAUCUGGCAUGUGGAGUCACCAGAUACUGUGGGGAUCCCAAACUCUGUGCUUCAGAAGUAUCAACAGAAUGGCAGAAAACCACUCUUUGCCCAAUAUCGACUUCGUUUGCAUUACUGCCCCAGGCCUGGAAUAAAGACCGUGUGACUUUGUGGUUCUGUUUUGCAGGUUUGAUCCUUGGCUCCCAGUUAAGGCUAGUUUAGGAGACAGACAUCUAGUCAUUGUGUCUGUCUGUCUGUCUGUCUCUCUCUCUCUCUCUCUCUCCCCCCCUCCCACCACCCCCUUACACUCUCUCUGAAAAAUUAAAAGAGCUCUGGCUGGUUUGGCUCAGUGGAUAGAGCCUGUGGACUGAAGGUUUCGAUUCCGGUCAAGGGCACAUGCUCAGGCUGUGGGCUCAGUCCCCAGUGGGGCAAGUGCAGA